CGGAAGAAAAGAACAAAAAUGUUUACAUAUUUUACAAAAAACUAAUGUUUAUCAUUGAACUUACGCACAGGAUAAAGAUAUGGAAACGGAAUAUCUGGACCAGGAGUUCUUAGAAUCUCUCCACCACAUGAAGAGAUCGUGUAUUUACGAUUGUUGGUAAAUGCCUCAGAGAUUCCUAGGAGUCCUCUGAAAAGACUCCCUGUGAUUUCUAAAGAUUCUUGGUCCAUGAGCCUUGAGAAUUCCUAUUUUGAUCUGUGAGAAUCCAUAGGAAGCCCGUAGGGAUCCAGAAGCACGGUAUUUCUCACUGAUGACUCAUUCAUUUACUAUAACUGACUAUUUGGUGACUGUAUUUAAUUUCUGUUUAUAUUACAUUGUAGAAAGAAGAGAAUUUACGCCGUGAAACACCUUAUUGGAUAGAAGAAUUGAAUUUACGCAUGUAUGACAAAGAAUGUUUAUUACAUGAUUCUAAAUUAUCGUAUCGUAUAUAUGAGGCUGCACAACAAUUAAUUAAUUCAUAUAUGAAAUCAAAAGAAUUUCAUGUUGGUUUUGAUUAUCUUCAAUCGUCAAAGUUUGAAAAUAUUUUGAUGCAUAGUUAUGAUAGAGAAAAACACUGGAUUACGUUAAUCAUUACUGAAGAUACAAUAUACAUAUUGGAUAGUACACAACAAGUUUUAACCCAUUCAAUUAAAAGUUAUUUACAAAAAAUAACUAAUAAAUCAUUAGCACAAGUCGUAUUAAUUCAUAUGGAUCGUGAAAUCAAUGAUGAGGUAAACUCAGAUCUUUUCACGAUAGCUGACGCAUUUCAUUUUGCAUUGAAGAAAACUUGGCCUCCUCACACGUAUGAUUUAGCAAAUAUGCGUUUACAUUUGAAAACAUGUCUAGAAACAAAGCGAACAAUGGCCUUUAGUGCCAUAAAUGAAAACAUACAAAUCCAAUCAAAUCAAAAAUGGUGUACUAUUCAAUAA